AUGGCUUCGAACGACAGCUCCAGCCUUCCCCGGCGGACCAACUUCGAACAGGGCGUCGCUUAUGCUCUCAACCUCUGGCCCGAUCUAACGCUCGCCGUACGUGAGGGCCUCGGCGGGCCCGACUCCGCCGACAAGCGCGACUGGCUUGCUGGCGCCGUCGCCGACCUCUUCCCUUCUUUUGCCUCCGCCAAGGCCGAGGACAUCGACAACCUCUACAUCCAAGACUUUCUUCAACAAAUCAUGGCCGACGAGUUUGAGGUUGUCGUCGAGGACAAUGACCCCUCGUUAUGGAAGGUCGCCCAGCAGAUCGUACUGAUCCGGAGGGACUGCGCCAUGGGCAAAUUCGACAACGUCGACGUCUUGCGACAGAGGUGGCAGGAUGGGGAAGGGAAGAAAAUUGAUGGCCUAUUCAAAAAGGCCGAUGACGCGGAUCAGGACACUGACUGGGAUGAUGAUGACGACGACGAUGGCGACGACGAUGAUGAUGAGGAAAUGGGAGACGCGCCAGCUCUAGUGAAGGCCAAGAAAGAGAAGCCCGAACCGGAGGUGGAUGAUGAGGGCUUCACCAAGGUUACGAGAAAGAGGUAG